AUGUUUGACGGAUCCAGAUUCGCCGCCGAACAGGGCAUAGUUGUUGUGACUUUCAACUAUCGUCUCAAUGUAUUUGGCUUCCCAAAUUCUCCUCAACUAACCCUGGAAGAAGAAAAUCUCGGCUUUUUGGAUCAGCGAAUGGCCCUCCAAUGGGUCCAAGAGAACAUAAAUGCGUUCGGCGGAGAUCCAUCGAAAGUCACGAUAGCCGGAGAGUCCUCGGGCGGAUCUUCAGUUGACCGUCUCGUCACUACCAUUCACUCCAAUCCUCCAUUCCGCGCGGCGGCAUGUUCGAGCGGCCAGGCUACAGUAAGCGCAAUUGGUCGGGAGUCUGGCCCACUUUCAUGGGCUGCCCUUGUGUCUCUUCUUGGAUGCACCGGCGAAGACCAGAUUGAGUGCGUGCGUGCAGUCGACGGCAAGACCAUCCGAGACUUGAUCGUUGCGAACGGUUUGGACUUCAGCCCGGUGAACGACAAUAUCACCCAAAAGGAGCUUCCAUACCUUCCAAUUCGAGCCUCUGGAGGCGUUGCCCCGGUUCCGCUGUUGAUCGGCUCGACAGGUCAGGAGGGAACUUACUUGGCUCCUGCUUAUGGCCUGAAUCUUUCGGGUGUCACUGAAGAGAUGCUUACGCAAGUCAUUGGCGUAUUCACUGGCAACGACUCAGAUCUCAUAUCCGCUAUUAUGCAGAUUGUUGCCGUCAAACAACAAAUGACGGGCAUUUCGCUGUUUGGUGCUGCUGCUCAAGUCUAUACUGAAGUGGUCUAUCAAUGCAGCAAUAUUCCGACCUGGAGGUAUUUUUACAAUGCCUCGUUUCCGAAUCUUGCUGCCGCGGGCUACACUUCUGAUGAGCUGGGCGCAUCCCAUGGAAUAGACACGGCUAUGAUCUGGGGUACUUACCCUCAAGAGGGUGCCACAGAUUACCAAAGAGAACUCAGUCGGUAUUUGCAAAAGCUGUGGGCAGGAUUUAUCAAGGACCCUUCAGGCAAAGGCCCCGGCUGGGAAAGGGUGGACGCAGAUGGUAACAACAUUGCAUGCAUUGGGUGCACGGGAGAAGUUGGCGAGCUGAAUCUCAUCGCAUCUGCCACUGUCGAUGGAUGGUGUCCAACGUACGAGCCGUUCUUCGGUAGAGUCAAGACACCAUUCGUCAAGGCUUAG